GGAUUAACGCGCCAUAUACUUUACGGAGACUCGGCUCCGAGUCUCCGACUCACCCAGUCCAAAAGCCUUAGUCUGCAGUGCUUCAUCUAGCAUUGUAUCAUUCAGUAGGCAUCGAAUCGAUGGCUGAGCUCGGUGGCAAUCACACCGCUAGCGGUACUGUCGAGCUCGAAGUGAUGCGCGAAGAUGAUUUCUCGUGGCAUCCUUGUCAGGUCUCUAUCAGUCCAAAUGGGAAUGGUCUGGUUAUAAAGUAUGGUGAUGACUGCCUGGAAGAUUUAAUAGAGGACAAAGAAGUGGCACUUGCACGGCUUCGAAUUCGUUCUUCUCCUCUUCAAGGAUCUGACUGCUCUCUUGUGAAGGAAGGUGAUCAUGUUCUUGCUACCAAAAAAUCACAAUUGAAGAGUCUCUUCUUUGAUGCUGAAGUAGAGAAGGCACAACGCGUUAGGCACUCAGCAAGGACAUACUGUAGGUGCACUUUUAGAGUCAAAUGGCUUCACAAAGACCUUGGAGAUGAAGUAUUGGUCCUUCCAUCUUGCGCAAUCAUGAAAUUGACUACUGAAAGUAUUAAUGUUCACCCAACAGUUUGUGCCUUCUUUAAAUCCUUCGAUAGCUCAAAUUGCUUUACAAAAUUGCCAUUUACCACUAUUUAUGGAAGCACGGAAAGCAGAAUGGAAACUCAUGAGUUUCCAGAGGCACGAAUUGGAAAGAUAAGGUCUUCUGAUGUUUUUGAGAAGAAAAUUUCAGGGGAUACUCUGUUUGGAGUUGAUAUCAAAGGACAAACCCAGUCUGGAGAAUUUGCCACAUACAAAGUCUGCAAAACACAUGUUCAAAUUCCUUCUGUCACUGAUCAUUUAAGGUAUUCUGAGCACAGAAAUCAGCUGCAUAAAGAUAAUAAAGCUGAAGCAUCACCUGAUGUUUUCAUGCUUGUUAAAGAUGAGAGUGUUGAAAGCCGAUCUCCUCUAAAUCCUCUUGCAGCUCGUGCAGCUCUUGCUUCAUUAGUAUCAAUAACUCAGCAUUUCUGUUUGGCUGAUGAUUUGACUACACUUAAUGGAAUCUCAUCAAAAUCAGAAGCUGCAUCUGCAACAUUAGUUCGAAGACAUGAAAAUCUUGUUCCAAGCAGUUCUGAAGAAAAGCAUCGAGUCUCAGAUGCACCUUUUAAUUUUACUUGUUCACCAACAGAAAGAAAAGUUAGGCUGACUCGAUCAGCAUCAAAAAGAGGAAAUGAAGUUUCUCACAAGUCUCUUGCAGUGACUAGUCAUGACGAGGUGAAGGUAGAGCCUUCAACCAAACGGAGGCUGACCCGUUUGGCACUUAAGAGUAAUCAAGAAGUUGAGAGUGUUGAAGCUGACACUGCUACUCGAGGAAAUAUGUCAGCUAAGCAAAUUGAAUGUGACUUUGUUCAGGAAGGCAAGAAAACAGUUGGCUCUUCAAUUAACAAAGGGAUUGUGCCACUCCCCACUGAGGAAGAUAAAUGUGUCUUUUAUGGACUGAAAAUGAAUAAAGAAAAUAUUCAUAUGAAGAAAACCCCCACAGAAGAGAUCAAUGUGAAAAAUAUUAGCAGUACAAGAAGGCUAACACGCUCAGCAGCUCGUGGAGAGACUGGCCCGAAUUCUGGCAUAAGUUUGGAACAAAGCAAAUUAUAUGAUCACAGCCAAUUUGAUGCCUCUAAAGUGGAAAGUAGCAUGAUGGGCACACAAAAAUCAAACUCUGAUUCCAUAGUUACUAAGGUUCAGUCUCCUCCUGCUGCAGAAGAUAAUAAGAUAAAUCAAACAUACGCUACUUCAAAGAAAACUGAAGCAGAUGAACGCAAUGCUAAACAAAACAAGGGCUUAAAAAGGAAGUUAAUUGCAUCGACAACACAGCAGUUGAGGUCUUCUCCUCGUCUUAACUCUACUCCACAGACUCGCUCUCAAAUGAAGCUUUAGUUUCCCAUGUAAGAGAAGUUGAAGGUGAAUUCCUUGCCCACCCAACUUUGCACUUCAUGUCACUUUUUUCUUUUAUGGAUUAACUUAGAACUAAUGAAGGUUUAUAUGUACUUGUUGACAAAAUUAAUGCUGCUAGAUGUUGUCUAUUUCUGCUCCUUGAAGAUUGCCCUGGUUUAGUAAAAUUAGGAACCGGAAAUGUAUGUCACUUCUUCUCUGGGGAAACUACAUUAUAACUAAACACUGCUAAGUUUCUCUCUAA